AUGGUCUGCAAUGGUCUUCCCACCAAGCCUGUCUUCAAUCGUCAAGUAGAGACAGCUAGUAGUCACAAGCUCACCAUUGUUAGUAAGGUGUCGCUGUCGCUUGAUGCUGAAGGUCUAAUGUACGAGUUCCCAGCAUACGUUCUCAACACAAAGUUUGAUCUGAUUUUAGGCCGAGAUUGGAUCAAGCGAAUGAAGCCUGAACCAGACUGGGAUCUAGACACUUAG